AUGGCCACGCCAUUCCGGGAGCCUGCGAGCUUCCGAUAUUUCGCCUUCAUCUCCAUCCUCCUCGUCUACCUCGUCACGGUGGUCGGCAACCUCCUGCUGUGCCUUGUCAUCUACCACGAGUCGAAUCUACACAAGCCCAUGUACGUGCUCAUGGCCCUGCUGUCCGUCACGGACGUGGUCGAGACCACGAACUCCCUGCCGAGGAUCAUGACCAACCUCAUGUCCUACAACAACGUGUCCCUGUCCGAGUGCAUGACUCAGAUGUUCUUCCUCCACGUGACCAUCAGAAUGCAGGGCUACGUCCUGGCCCUCAUGUCCGUCGACCGCUUCAUUGCAAUCGGGCAGCCGCUACGCUACCACAGCUUCGUGUCGAACGCGCGGGUCACCAAGGCAUUCCUGGCCAUCGUGGCCAUCUCGGUCGUGCCGGGCAUGGGCUACGUGGGCAUGGUGCUGCGUCUAAGCUUCUGCAGACCGCUGGUGACGUUCGCGCCCAACUGCGACUUCAUGGUGCUCACCAACCUGGCUUGCGGCGAGGUCUACUACAACAUCGUGUAUGUGUACGCCAACGUGUUCGUGGCCAUCGUCUUACCCCUGCUCGUGGUGGCGGUUGCCUACUGCCUCAUCCUGUUCGAGUUUCGUAAGAGGAGUCUCCGGCAGAACCAGAGAGCGUUCCAGACGUGCAUGACCCACCUCGCCAUCAUCUGCAUCUACUUCGGCUCCAUAUUGUUCACCGUCGGCAGUGGCCUCCAGUUCUUCUCGGGGGUCGUACGCGAGGUGCGCGUGCCCCUGCAGUCGUUGCAGUACGUCAUCCCGCCGGCCCUGAAUCCCAUUGUCUACGGACUCCGCACGGACGCGAUUCGUCGUGGAGUCCUGAAGAUGGUGCGUCGGAAGGUUUCUAUGGGAAAAGCCGAGUUGCCAUAA